GGAAUACAUAUUAACCCCGGAAGUUUUAAUAUUUAAUAUAAUUAUGUUUAAGAGUCAUUCAUCCUAGUAUUGCGAGAAGGUGUCUGAUUAUGGGCAUCAGUCUCAUGAUCAUUGCUGGGUCACCUUAGUAACUAAAACGCGACGGCACGAUUGAUACGGCCGAGCCUCAAGUCCUGCCUGCGCUUCUGCCUGCAGUACGAAGCGAAAUUAUAAGCGAUCCCAGAUCUAUCCAGCCUCAUGACAGGCAUCAUUGACGACAACCAAUCAGGAAUAACCAAACUAAGCUUAAAUUGAUGCCCCUGAACUACUCCAUGUUAACAUUAAUCUCAUAUUCACUGAAUCGUCCCACUUCUUCAUGCACUGGAACUUCAGAUCCAAGCGAACCUUAUGGUCUAGACUAGUGGUGCCUAGGAUACGUCCGCAAGCCGCCGAAUAUAAUGUAAUUUGAAAGAAUAGUUCCGUUUGGCUUCAUCCAGGGGUUGAUGGAAAUAAAUACUCUCGUUAUUCCACUCGUUACAUCCCAUCGUGAGCUCAGCAAGCAUUCAUUCAUUUCUUCUUCUCCUCGCCCUGUGCUCUUCUGCAAUCAUAGAACUUAUCACGAUGCUCACCGAACUCGCUCUCGCCUCACUUCUCGCGAUCGUUCCGUUAGCUGGCGCGACCCCAGAUGUGACUGUCAAGGUCUUGCCCGUCGAGGAUUGUUCAUCAUAUCCUGGAUACGAUGCUUCGACUGAUACAGCCGGACCAUGGACUAUCCAACUAGUCGAUAGCGACAAUGCUGCUAUUGAAGGGUUCAGCGACACCUCCGUCUAUUCGAUAUCCUAUAACCCUAGUACGGAUACUAAACCUAGUUUGCGCUGGGGUUCUAUCACAUUCCCAACUCGCAAUGAUAUUGCCAAGAAUCCCCUGAAGUGUAACGCGGGUGAACUUCAGGGUUUGGUACCUACGGAUUUGACAGCUGCUGGUGCCCCGACAAGUUACCAGUGGCUUCCCUUGGUAAUUUCUCCAUAUCCGUAUGAUGCGGCCUUGAUGUGGAAGAUCGAUGGCGAGACGCCCCAAAUAUUUGAGCACUACAUCGAUGGCGUGAAGCAAGACGGUAUAUUCCUGGGAAGCUAUAACACCAGCACAUCUUGGGGCCUCAAGUAUGAGGCUGAAAAUUCUGGCUCCAGUGGUCAAGACUAUUAUUACGCACGACUUCUAGGACCCAAUAGCGCUAACCCCACGACCGGCGAGGCAUUGAGCGCAAACGAAACAACGGCGUUCAUCAAAAUUACAGCUUAAUAGUUCUAUCUUAAAGGAAUAAUUGGGGAGAUUAUAAGCUUUAACGAG